UUUACAAAAAUUAUUCAAAUUGUUCGACACAAAAUAAAGUGUUAUAAUCGUGUUGUGUUAGUGAACAGUUUUGAGGUUAAUACGUGUUUAAAUACGUAUGAUAAACAGACUAGUUUAAUUAUCAAGUUUUUGUGUCGAUUCGAGUGGUAUCAAAUUGACUUUUGACGUCACUUGGAGCGACCAAUCAGUCGGCACUUAAGAAAAAUAACACUUGUUGAAUGUUGAGUGUUUUGGUCCAAUUUUCGCCCUUCGAAUCCGGAUCGGUAGUGAGUUCUUACGGAACUGGGACAAUUUAAUGGAUUUAAAUGGAAGCAGCUGACUAUACUUCGGAAAUAUGUUAUUAAAAUGUACCCCGGACGGUCGGCGAAUCAAAGUGAACGGAGUGCCGGUGAGCCAGGGAAAUGUUGCAAGAGACAUGAAAAUGACGAUGUCCACGUCGGCGACGAUGACAACGAGAGUGCACAGAAAAGUCAUCCGGGCACCUCAUAAGAGACCGCACGCAGGCAAAUCGCCUCAUCCAGGCAAAAUGAUGCACGGUGCCAAAAUGGCGCAUCCGGGUAAAAUGGCGCACCCGGGCAAAAUUGCACACCCGGGCAAAAUGGCACACCCGGGCAAAAUGGCGCACCCAGGAAAAUUCGGCAAACUAUCACAUUACGCGCACACACACGCCAUCAGACCACCAGAGCUGUGUGAAAAUAGCAACGACAGCGGUCUCGGGCCAGACUCUGUUCACAGAUUAUCUGACUCACUGGAGGAGUGGGAACAGGAGUCCAAACGGCGGCGGAUGGAGAGCGAAGCGGUUAAGUUAGAAUGCGAUGAUGCCAACGACGCAUAUGCAUUCCCCUCGGCCAGCGACGCGCCCGCUACAGCGCCCGCGCCCGCGCCCGCGCCCGCUCCGCUCAACGUGUCCGCGCCAUACAUGCUCGCGCCUACAAGCGCAAACGCUGCCACUGCGCCCACACCCGUCCAUCCCAUGCCCAUAAUUAGAGCGGGUUGCAGUUUAUCUAGUCCAAACGUCACAGAAGCACCUGGGAAACGGUAUUCCGAGGCGUCCUACAGAUCGUGCGGGAAGCUGGGAAGCAGCGGCAAGUUGGUAGGGAAGUACCCUGGUGGAGGGAAAUUGUCGGGGAAAUUGGGAGGGAAACUAGGAGGGAAGUACGGUGGAAAGUUGGCUCAGGUUCUGGCGAGGCGGAGAGCGUACGCGCCGAGCGUGCAUUCCGGGCCCCCCGGUUUGGCUGCCACCUUGGCCAGUCGGUCCAGAGACGGCACUGUUGAGCUCCAAAUUUUGUGUCAACCAGAAACGCAGCACAGAGCGAGAUAUCAGACUGAAGGCAGUCGUGGCGCUGUCAAAGACAACUCAGGGAAUGGUUUCCCAGUAGUAAAACUGAUUGGUUACGACAAGCCUGCCGUACUACAGGUAAUUAUUAUACAUUCAUAA